CUCCCUUCAGCUCGGCGCCGCUCCGGCCCAUUAGUCCCAGCCAUGUGGGCGCUGCUGAUGGAAUUGGUUUGUCUGGGGGCUGGCAUUCACUGGAAGUUCAAUCUGGGAGUGCUGUCCCUGGGAUUUUACUACUCCAAUGAGCGCUCCUUUCUCCAUCGCGAGCUAACCGAGAUGAUCUACUGGGCCCUGAUGUAUGCCUGGUUCGGCUUUAUCGUCCUGCACGACCUACCGAUCCUGCAACUGGGGUCCUUCAAAACGGUCUUCGGAUCGCUCGCGGAUUUAAUCAUUGCGUGUGUCUUCAGCCUCUGUGGAAUCUGGGCGCAUACCACGGCACAGAACGAUCGGCUGCAAUCCUCCAUCCAGGAACUAGAUCUCCGAAUGCUGGUGGACAAGCAGCACGUGGAGACGGGUGCAUCACGCUUUACGGUCUACUGCAUUCAGAACCUCAUCAGCCAACGGAGCACCUCUAGCGGGCAGCUGCAACGGCUGGUAGGCAAGCUUUGGGAGAUGGCGAUGGGCAAAGUUCAUUGGCUGGAAGAGGAGGUGUUGCAAGCCCUGGAAUCAUGUUGUCACGGCUCCGACACCUCGCAUCCCCCAGAUGACUUGCUCUACGUCUUGAACUGCUCCGAGGUCGACUUGCCUCAGUUCUUGGCCUUGACGAGCAGCGAUCAGGUGAUCCACUUGAUUCGGCGCCACGUGCGGCACAUGGACACCGUGACCAAGACACGGCUGGUCGAUGCGCUGCAACGGCAGCAUGACUUCUAUGUGAACCGGCUCCAACAAGAGUUGGUGGUGGAACUGUUAGAGAGCACCACAGGAGACGAGCUACGGAUGAUGAAAGACAUCUUGGAUGAGGGCGGGGAUUUCUACAACCUUCACAAGUUGGUGUUUCACGACCUUGAUCCUGAGAUGUACUCCCGGGCCCUGAAUCACAUCCAAAAGGAAGGGCAGCACCUGGCAAAGCAGUACGACCAGGGCAAGGCACCCAUCAAGAUCGUCAGUGAUGUGGAUGACACACUCUACGGGAGUGGUGGCCAUUUCCCGGCUGGCUGCGACCAUCGAUUUCCUGGACAUCAGGUCUACCCCGGUGUGCUGGCCUUGUUUCGGGAGAUCACCAACCAUCGCAGCAACAAGCAGAGGGAGAAGCCACCCAAGGAUGAGGAGCAAACUGGCGAGCAGGCCGGCUUCAGCAGUGUCUUCACCCGAUUUCUGGGCUACAGGGUGCAUGACAGCGCCAAUCCUGUGUGGAUCAGAGUAGGGAGGCGGUGGGAGGAGAUUUCCGUGACCGAGACCGAGACGGUGGCACAGCUUCAGGAGCGUGUCAGAGCACGGGCUUUGGAGGAUCAAUUGCUCGGUGAGGGUGAUGUUUCAUUCCAUCCUCCACAGAUACGAGUUUGGUCCAACUUGGUCUUUUUGUCUGCUCGGCCGCACGCUUACAAGGACUAUUUGGAAAGCAAGUCCUAUAAACUCUUCCGCAGAUUACGCAAGUCUGGCAAAUUGCAUUGCAUGCCCACGCUGUUGGCGGGAAAACUCAAGUCUUCCGGUUUAGCCUUCAUCUUUGGCGUCGUUCUGCUUUAUCCGCGGAACAUUGCGGGUGGGUUGUUUACCAAUGUUUUUUUGUGCUGGUUCUGUUUGGGAGUUCUCCCAAUGAUCUUUCCAGCGGUCCUGUUGGCUUUUGCGGCCCUGGUCGCCUGGAGUUUCUAUGCCACCAGUAGCCUCCGGAAGGAGAGCAGAGUCAAUGCUUCUUGGAGAUAUCAUCAGCCUGGCCAACAUACACAUUGGCGAUGA